ACCGUUACUCGCGAGAGAGAGCUGCGGCUGCGCUGUUGCACUCUGGGAAGUGUAGUUUGUAAGGAAGUUUAGCUACCGGCUAACUACUAACUUCUCAACGGCUGUUCUCGACUGCUGCCGCCUACAAGUUCAGAAUGCAGAGCGGGCUGUGUGUGGAUGGAGGAGAGCAAUGACUGAGGAGUUCGAUGAAGAUGUGGUAUUUGAGAACUCUCCUCUUUUCCAGUACCUGCACGAUUUAGGACACACAGACUUCGAGGCAUGUCCGACGGCAACACCGGACGAGGACUACGAUGGACAAGAGGGAGACGCCACCUCUCCUGAUGGAGCUUCUCAUAAAACCAAAGGAGGACGCUUGUGGAGGCUGGCUGAAGCCCUGUGGAGAUGGAGUCCUCUUCACCAGGCGGCUGCUUCUCAUAAGCUGGGGCAGCAGCUGGACGGCGUGUUCGGCCAGUACUCGGUGAGGUGCAUUCUGGACCAGGACGUGUUGCUGCAGGAGGACGUGGAGCUGAUCGAGCUGCUAGACCCGAGCCUGCUCACCCUCGGCUCGUCCCCCUCGGCCUCGUCCAGCCGAGCGAACACCCUGCCCAGACCGAGCCUCAUUGCCAAGCCUUCAGUGUGGGACGUCGCAGGGCUGGUCGGCCUGGCUGCGGUCCUGCUCGGCCUCUGCUCCGUCUCGGAGGGCCUGUGGUCGCUGGCAGCAGCUCCGUGGGGCCUGGCGUUGCUGGGCUGGGUGGGGCUGCGGGGGUUCACGCUGUGGAGGCUGGGCCGCAUGCAGAGAGCCGUCCACGCGCGGGCCACGCAGCUCCAGUCUCUGGUCCACAACAGCAAGACUCUGACGGGGCUGUCGCGCAAAGCCCUGCGCCUGGUGCAGGAGACGGAGGUCAUCUCCAGAGGGUUCACCCUUUUGCUCGACAGGGUGAGUGCGGCCGGCUCCUUUAGCAGGGCGGGGCCGGGGGCGAUGCCACGGGGCCAGCAGCUCAUCGGACUGAGGAAAGCACUUUACCGGGCGCUCCGCUCGGCCUUCAGAGCCUCGCGCAGAGCUACCUGUCACAUGCUCAAGGCGUUCCCUCUGAACUCUGAGAUCGAUAAUGUGACCAACUACGUGUCCGCGGUGCCUCUGAAGGAGCUCGGACUCGGCUUAGGUAUCGAGCACCUGGGGGACGAGCAGGCUCAGGAGCUGACGGACGACUACAGUCUGCCCGCCCUGAAGAUGCUGUUUCAGCUCUGGGUGGGACAGAGCUCUGAAUGUUUCCGUCGCCUGGCUCUCCUCCUCUCCCCCCAAAGAAUAGAGGAGUUAGAAGAAGCCAGCAUCGAAGGAGACGCCUCCCUCCCUCCCUCCACUCCCCCUCCUCCUCCUCCUCCUCCUCCCCCUCUGCACCGGUCCAUCUCUGCAGUGACCGAGCCCCUCCAUCACGCCCUGGCCAGCUGCCUCUGUGAGGUGCAGCGCAGCUACGACUUCCACCGACACUUCGAGACGCAGCUGAGGGUGACGGGCUCCGACAGGACGUGCAGAGCGCGGGAGAAAUGCAGAGAGCUCAACACGCUGCACACCUCCAUCAGGAGCCUGCAGCUGCACCUCAAGGCCCUGCUCAGCGAGAUGAUCAUCCUGGAGGACGACCUGGAGAAACUGAUGGUGACCAAGGAGCCGACGGAGCUGACGUUCGAGGGCUACCAGGAGCUGAGCGACCGGCUGCACCAGCUGCAGCCUCACAUGCAGGCCAGCUCCGGCUGCUGGGAGGACACCAUCUGCCAGGUGGAGCGCAUGCUGAGAAGAGCCAACGCCUGUCCAGGUAAUGCUGAGGCUCUGGAGCAGUGUGGUCCCUCUCUAGCAGAGAUUCCUGCUGCUCCUCCAUCCUAUCCGUUAAUCUUGGAUCAGGAUCCUGUUCCAGAAGAGCUGGAGUGGGAGGCCUACGUGUCUGACUCGGACUCUGACGGUGAAGACAGAGACUCCUGGUCGGACAUGUUGUCACCGGAGGAGCGGGAGCGGCAGCGGCGGGAGAGGGAGGAGUCUCGCCGCGUCCUGUCGGAGUUGAAAGCGGUGCUGGGCUUCCGUGCGUCGGAGGGAGAGAGGAUGAAGAGGAAGCAGCUGCUCUUCAACGACCAAGCUGCUGUGACGCCGUCAGCUCGCACUGAAGCUUCAGACUCCGCCACAGACCCGUCAGACGCCGUGACUUCUCUGGGAUCGGUAGAAACUCGUGACGAAGAAGGAAACCACCUUUCAGAGCGCCCUGCAGGAAACGGAGGGGAGGAAGGGGAAGGAGAGGACGGCAGGGAGAGUCCUGACCCCUCAGCAGAGCCGCUGACAGAGUUCAGCUGCGGCUCGGAGGCGAGGGGAGGGGAGCCGGGCGGAGCUUCGGUCUGCUCGAGAGGAGGAGGAGGAGCGUCGGAGCUGCAUCAGUACGACGGCGUCUUGGAGGAAGGCGAGGCGCAGAACGGUUUGGACUGUUUCAUGAAGCCGAAAGUCUCCGCCGUGUCUGUGAUGGACAGACUGACGGAGAUCCACGGCUCGGCUGCUCUCAGCUUCAGCUCCGCCAUCGCCGCACAGGUGGCUGCUCGCUCGCAGUCGCUCAUCAGCAUGGAGGAGCAGACGUUCGGGGAUGAAGAGGAGGAGGAAGAGGAAGAGGAGGAGGAGAGGAACAAACAAACCCCUGAGAAAAACUGAACCCUAGCUGCUGUAACGAAGCUCUGAGCAGACACUGUAUUUAUGUCUGAUCGUCCGGGUGUCUCUAUCGAUGGGUCUCGUGUUUCAUCUUCAGUGUUCCUCUUCGUCACCCAUCCGUCCACGUUACUGCUCGUCACCCUCAACUCUUACUGCUCUCUUGCUGUUAAAACUCAGGUACCAGAACCACUAAAGCAAAAUCUGACCCACCAGUGUUUCGGGGUCAGAUGACCAGAAUGUCUGCAGUUUACUCGGUGACAUCCGCGUCGUGUUCGUCGCUCACAAUCGUCCAGCAGGUGGAAACAAAGAUUGUAAAAUAAACAAAACAAGGAAAAGGAAAUGUAGCUUCAUUCAUCAAAACAAACUGACGUCAUCAAUCACUGUGAUCAAAACACUCCAAGCUUUUACUGACGGGACGUUUGAUCGGAGCGGGAGGGAGGGAGGUAUAAAGAGGUGAUGAACAGAUGUGUUCAGACAGAAGGAUCAAAUGUAUCCAAACAGCUCUCCCAAACCGACCAGAGGCUUUAUGAGACUUUCAUUGAGUCCUUUAGCAAGGUAGCUAGCAGCUGGAUGACAUCUCCACUGUUACAGGAAGUCAGUGUGAAGAGUGUGCAGCAAAAGUAACUUAAAUGUAAUAAGAUCGUCAUGAUAUGAGAAUUUAAACUUAAAGCUCCUGUGAGGAGUUUUUGAGUGGUCAUAAAACAGGCUGAAAUAAAGAGCGCUGUCUCUUUAAGACCUACCAAAUCUAAACCAUCAGCAAAGGUUUCCACAGUCUCUUUCUCUUAAUCUUCAAAGCCUGAAACCACUGCGAGGGGGUAGGUGUCAGACAAAGUGAUCGACAGCACGCCACAAAAAAUUCAUUUUAGACUUAUUCUGCAUCAAAUAUUCUUAAUGAGUGUUAAUUACAAGCAGGAGGAGAUUUCAAGUCAGAAACAUAAUUAAUUCUGCAACAAUAGAGGUUUCACUUUGUCCACAGGGGGGGCGCCAAAGUUCCUCACAGGAGCUUUAAUUAUGAUACCACAGAAAUAAAAACAAAACUUUCAGUCAUCUUUGUUUUUAAUGACCUCAAUCCAGAAAAAUGAUUCAUUUGACACAUGGAUAAAUAACGUGUCACUUCCUGUUUUCAUUAGCGGUGCUCGCUUCAUGCUUCAUGUACUGUAACUCAACGACAGUUGCUCUGGGUUGAAACACGACUCUAGAUCUGUUUCUUCAUCCGCUUCGGUGCGUAUUGAUACGAUAACAUAAAAAUAACGCAGAUUGUAUCAUUUAAAGAACGAGGUAUUGUAAAGUAACAAAGUAUCAAGCAUUUUGUUACAUAAUAUUAAAUUAAAAUGUAAAGUAGGAUGCAGUUUUUGUUACUUUAGGAGUACGUUUUUUAUAAUAAAUGCUACAGCUUGAAUACAUCACUACUUUUUAAUCAGUCUUGUUUUCUCUGAAGUGAAGGGAAAGUGUUUUUGUCUGUUAAUUUACAAAAAUGAGAAAGAUAUGCAUCAAAAGAAAGAAGAAGACCCAAACAUGGUCUAAAUAUGAUGCUCAGUAAAAUUACAAACUUUUUACAACUUUUUUAUUUAAGUAAAAUAUUAAAAUCUAUGAAUUGAUUGAUGAUCUAAACAGCUGCUGGUAAAAGUCCUGGAUCUGAUACUGAACUUAAACCGAGUUUGCUGGGGCGCCAUGUCCUCGUCCCAGCCGGCAAUGGUUCAGCUCCCGACCUCGACCCUUGGCUGCAUGUUUCCUGUCUCUCUUCAGCCUUCUGGUCUCAUAAAGGCAGAAAAUGCCCAGAAAAAGAACUAAAGGGUCGCUAUUAAACUGGAGUAGAAGUAUUUCUUGUACUUUCUGCAUAAAAAGGCAGAUUUCAGAACAUCUGUGUCCUAAAAGUUAUUGUUUUGUUUAAAUUUAAGGAGCUGAAACUGCUCCCACACGCUCUCUUCGACUAAACGAUUGUUGCUUUUCACUUCUGUACUUUCUUAAUUUGAAGUUUUGGUCGAUGCAGUGAAAAAGGAUCCGUGCAUUCUGUCUUAACACAUCUGCAGCGUAAGCCUUGAAUCAGCUGACAUCAACCCUCACAGGCAGACGGAUAUGUAAACACACAAAGUUCAAGAGGAGGAAGUCAAACUCUAUUUUUACUACGAGCGCUUUAUUUUUGUCCAAUCCAUCUCUCCGCUGUGACUGGACACGAUGAACGAGCGUCUGCAGAGCGGACAUGCAGCCCAGCCUCCAUUCAUGAUCGCAUUUAGGACUCUUUACUGUAUUAAGAGACGGAGCAGGAGGACUCAUCGAUGACUCGACACUGUAUUGAAUGACUUGUGUGGCAUGAAUUCACUGAACUGUGGCUGUGAGGUUAAAAAAUCAAAUACUUGUACGGGUUAAGUGAAAAAAAAAAGUCUUUCUCUCACGUGAGGGCAAUCUUAAAAAGUCAUGUUUCAUAUGAAGUCGCCAUAAGAUUCCUGAUGUUUGCCUUCACCCCGUCCUCCACCCUCCCUCGUCACCAUGUCUGCCUUGUCCUGACCCUCCUGCACCCUCUCUCUGGGAUGAGGUCUCCCCCCGCCCCCCCCUCCUGCAUUUUCCAAACGUGAAAUAAAAACCGUUCUGAAGUGUU